AUGGCGGAAGAGGAGAGCGACUUGGAGUCAGAAAGGUUUAAAGAACAAUUGGGGAGUUUGUUGGACUGUGGCAGUGGCGACGACUGUGGAUCCCAAAGCAAGAACUACUGUACUAGGUUUUGCGUGUUGGUGGAGGAACAAACUGGACGAUGGCAGGUGCCGUUACCCCAGCUACAAGUGCUGCGGACUGCGCUCUGCUACUUCGCCCGUGACACAGUGACCUUCCCGUCCGACUGUGAACAUGUCCGCUACGCCCUGAGCAGCCUUGCCUUGAGCUUUUUUGAGCUGCUGCUAUUUUUUGGAAAGGAUGAAUUCCUGGAGGAUCCUUUGAAAGAUAUCCUUGAGUCUUUUCAGGAAUGUCACUCAUGCCUAGUGAGACACAAGAAUGUGUACCUGCUGUUGCUGAAGCAGAUCAUCAAAGAUGGCGGGCCAUGGGAGCAUCCUGUCCUUCAGGCCAUCCUGAGAGAGACAGCCCCGUCAAGGGAAGAAGUGGAGAGGUACUUGAACUCUGAGGUUCCAGUCUUUUUUGAGCUGCGGGUGCGUUAUCUUCUGGCCUGUGAGCGCAUCCCGGAGGCCAUGGCCCUGUCUAAGAGCUGCAUAGAGCACCCAGAUGUAGGGAGACAUCUUUACUUCCACCAAGCGUAUCUGACGUGUCUCUGGAAAGCAUCUCUUUAUGAUCAUCUACAUAAGGAGAUGGCUGAGAUUGAUGGGAGAGAUGCUGUGGAGAUCAUAUGCAACACAGAGAGUGAGGAGAGGGAUGACCUGCUCUUAGCUCUCUGCAAAGCCUUCCUCACUCAGCAGCUGCAGAAUGGGGACAUGUACUACAUAUGGGACCUCAUCUUCAUAUGGAGCAAACUUCACCUCAGGGCAAACCCCUCCAAACAGGACUUCCUGGAGGAAUGCCAUCAGCUGAUGCUGUCUGCAACCAAUGUCAAAUCCAUCUUUCCAUUCAUGAAGGUCAUCAGAGCUGAAUUGGGGAAUGAAGGCUUGCAGUUCUGUGUGGAACUGUGUGCUCGUGCUCUUCAGAUGGAUCUGCACCAUGACCCCGUUACCAAGUCACUCAUCUACAAGACCAUUGCCUUCCUGUUGCCCAAUGACCUGGAAGUCUGCAGAGCCUGUGCCCUUCUGGUGUUCUUUCUGGAACGAACUGUAGAGUCCUACAAGACAGUAUACCUCCUCUACACCCAUCCUGACCAGGAAUACCAUGUGGACUACAGCUUGGUCAAGAAUCACAUACGUUUCGAGAUUCUCCAAAUCCUGAAAAAGGGACUGUUUUUCGAUCCAGAAUUCUGGAAUCUCAUUACUCUGCGGACCAACUGCCUGAAACUGAUGAGCGAGAAGGUCAUGCAAGCUGCUUUAAAUGAAAUCAUGGAGGAGGACAAAUGGAUACCAAAUUACUGUGUGAAAGAGCCACCCAAAUUCUAUUCAGACAUCCCAGACUGCUACACAAAUCGAGUGAGGAGGCACCCUGUGAGAGACUCAAAUAAGCCUGUGCGAAAAUGCAUUGUUGUGCCACCUGAGGGGGGCGUUGUGCCGCUUGUCAAAAAAAGGGGCAGAAAACCAGGGUCACGUGUUAUUAGAGUGAUUGAUGACUCCCAGUUGAGACGGUCCUUCAGGCAGCUGGACAUGGCUCAGGAAAACUCCAUCAGACAACACGAUAAUAGGCAGCAAAGGCUCAUGGCCAGACAGGUGGAGAAAAAGACCCUGAAACGGCGUGGUAGAAAACCGCGCUGGCUCCUGCAAGAGGCAGCCAGACAGGCAGAGAACAGUGCCCCCAGACGCAUAGGACGUCCAGGGAGGAAAAAACAGCUCCCCCCAAAGAUGGAGACAAAGCAGCCUGACCAUGGCACAGUAGAGAUGAAUGAAACGGACAAAGCACAAGACAUUUCCAUAGAGGAACCUGGUGGUGAUAGUGAGUUGACCCCUCAGUCGCCAGCAGCAGAGACUGCAAAUGAGGAAACUGUCCACCUUCAAGAAAAGGCCCCCACCUCGCAGGACACAUCUGUCCUGCACAGUCCACUUCUCACUCCAGUCCCAGUCACAAUGCUGGAAGUCUCCGUCCCAGACAACGUAGUGAUGGGCUCAUUCUCUGAGGAUCGAGAGGUGGAAACGCUUGUGGAUGUAGCCCUACAGGCCUCUACUGCUGAGCGUGGUGUCAGUGUGGGGGAAGUUUCUGUGAAAGACCCCUCAGCUGAAUCUUCUUCGGAAUAUGUCCUUCCCUCUGAGACUCCAGAUCAUGCAGUAUUGUGUGCCCCGCAGCUAAGAGUGAUGACUGAGAGUGGUGAGGAAUCUGUCGUUGAGGUGGAUAAUGACAUCAUACAGCAAUUGCAUAACUAUUCUAGAAUUCCCGAGGAGGUAUCUGAAGAAAAUGUUCAACCCUCAGCAACAGUUCCAGAAGAGUCGCCCACUGCGCAACAGGAGAGUCUAUGUGAAAGUGCUGAGACAGUGAGACAGGAGACUGAGACAGGAGAACUCUGUGAGACUGCUGUGGCAGAAGAAGCAAUGCCCUCGCAGACUCCAGCUGGAGUGGGUUUGCUCACUGAGGUUGACAUUUCGGAAGCAGAAAGAAGGCCUGAGGCUGUUGUGGAGGGGACUGAAGAGGUUAGUCAGGAAAGAGCUUACCUAGCUGAAGACAGCUGUGUGACUUUAGAUGUCAAUGUCCCUGGUGACAUUAGUGUUCCUGAUGAUCAUAUUGUCAUCCCCCAUGAUGUAACCAGUGCUCUCCAGAACAUAACCAGUACCCCUGAUAAUAGUGUGACUACUUGUACUGAAAACACUGAAAGCAUCACUGAUGUCCUUGAUAAAACAGUUGUUGAUAACACCAGUGUUUCUGAUGAGACAGCUGCCUCUGACAUAACUGAUGCCCCCAGUAAUGUGAUUGGUGCCCUAAACGACACUGUAGCACAUAUUGUUCCUACCCCUCCAUCUGAGAAAGACCAAGGGCUCACCUCUGCACUGGUACACACUAAAGACAUGGAGUCAGAAAAAGAUCCAUCAGAGCCCGCACCUGAUGUCCUUGCCAAAAAGGUGAACUCUGUUCUUAAGCAUCGCUGCAAGCUGUGCAACAAGGAAUUCAAAGGUGGUAACAUAAUGCGGCAUGCAAUUUCUCACCUUCAGAAGGCUACGCUUCAGUGCAUGUUUUGUGGAAAAGUGUUCAACCGUCGUCUCAUAGCAAAGAGGCAUGUGGAGGAGCACGUUGAGAAGUUGAGAUCAGAACAUGGCCCUGACCCUAGUGUGGCUCCUGAAAAUGGGACUUCGGAAACUUUGGAAUGUGUUAGACAGUCUUUAUCGAGAAAUGCCAAGCACAAAAAGAGAUCUACAGCAAAAUACUCAGCAGAUACUGAGAUUCCUGUAAAUAACAGGAAGUUCAACAAGCUAAAAGGCUUAGAGAAGCUAGAGGAAGUGAAAGAUUCAAAUUCCCUCAAAGAUAAAGGAACUGCUCUGAAAGCCAACGGAUCUAUUGUGGAAGGAGACCUGGAGAGGAGGAAAGAAGAGUACUGUUGUCCUGCGGAUGGAUGCAAGAGGAAAUUUGUCAGGAGAGGGAUGGCUAUGAUCAGACAUGCUUUGAAAUCUCACCCCAAAGACAUAAAAGUGCAGGAAUUUGCCUUCCAUUGGCGAAAGGGAAAGUGUGAGUUUUGCCAAAGGAGGUUUUGGAGUUUUUUGCAUUACCAGGACCACAUCAAGAGGCAUGACCAUCCCCUGAAACAUGUUUGCCUCCACCUGGAAUGCAAAAACAGGUUCAAAACCAAGGCAGAACUCCGAGAUCACAUGAAGACCCACCAGCCGCUGAGGGCACAGUGCUCCUUUGCUGAUUGUUCGCAGAUCUUUGGCCGCGUCUCUCAGCUGCAGGAUCAUGAAUGGCGACAUUACCCAGUUUCUGACACAAUGGAGGACUCUCUGAAAACACGGCGUAAAGUCGGCAGACCGGCGGGACGGAAACGGAAAGAUUUCCAAGAUGCUUCUGGUCACAGCCACACGGUUUUGAAAGAGUCUGAAAAACUUCAUUCUGCUGUACCAGAUGUGAGUGACGCCAAUAAAUCAGCAACUAAUACAACCGAGAUGAAAGGUGGAAAUAAAGAUAUGGCUGAAACAAAUGCUUUGGAGAAGCCUGUGCAACCAGAGGUGUUGAGAUCUGCAGGGGGCAGUGGCUUUGACAGGCAGAUAGUGAAUGGACACGGUGAAAACGUUCUGACACAAACGGAAACCGGGCCUGUCUACACACAAGACAUCGGCCAAGAGACCAGAGUGGAAGUCAAAAGCGUGGACAAAAAGAUAGACCCUAAAGCGAGUAAUCAGAAUCCAGCCGUCCAAGAAUGUAAAAGGUUGAAAGAAGUGGAGCGUUCUACUUAUGGGGGAACGUCCAACAGGCCGUUCGUGCGGCCUCCUCCCUCGGCCUACCUCGACGAGCGCUACAUUAGCAUGCCAAAGCGCAGGAAGUCGUCGCCCGUGGACACCCGCUCCCCAGCGGAGCAGAGCAACUUCAGCCGCGAGGCCCAGAGGCAGCGUUGUUCCAAAUGCUUCUCCACUUUCAACAGUGCAGAAGAACUGCAGAGCCACCUCUCUCUCAACAAGUGCACAUCUCUCUUUGGCUUCGACUCGGAUGAAGAAAGUGCCUGGUAAACAAGCGAAGGUUACAUCGACAAACGGCAUCCAGGAAUGGACAGGGUGUGAGUGGUUGAUCUGCUUCUACAGGAAUAGUGUGUUUCUGUGAGGCAUGAUGGAUGGGCCUGUUUGCAAUCUCAUCACCCCUCAGCCAGCAGAGCAAGAGACUCAAAGCAGUCAUGUUCAUAAAUCUGCGAAAGCAUGGGAGCAGAUGGACUGAAAACUAUUUGAAAGGCACCACCUCCAAGAGGCGCGUAAGGCCCUUGUACAGUGCUCUGAACGGAUGGAGAUGUCACCGUAGAGAACUCUGUGAGCAAAGUCAGAGAACAUAUUGUCUUUGGCAGUUUUAACGCCCGCCAGUCAGGACACAUUCCCAGUUUAAGAAGUGCCUGGAUCUAAAUGUUCAACUUCCUGCAAUAUUUAUUGUAAAUGGUUUGGGACACAGCCAGUUGGACGAUUUGUUUCAUUAUUUCAGAGGCUGUGAUGACUACGCCUGUAGUGUAAAGACAGCUUGGGCGAGUUAAUAAAGACUUCACCUUAUGAGACCGUGACCCCCAGCAUUUAUUCCUCAGUUGUAUGUUGACCAUUGCAGUGUUUUCUGGCAUUGAGGAUUUUGCUCCAGUACACUUUGUCACCUCAAGUGAUUCCCCGGUUUACUUCCAGCUGAUCUACUUUCAUUGUAAAACAUGUAUUUGUAAAACCUGAGGUCAAUGAAAAGAGAAUGGAGUGCGACUGAUGUACCAUAUUGUUCUUAUUGGAUGAACUGCUUUGCCGUGUUUAAGGAAGAAUUGCACUGUAAAAUAUCCCAGUGCUCCAAGGGGCCUUUGAAUUACAUCAUGCAUUUUUUGAGGCCAGCAAAACAGUUGGCUGAAUAGAUGGCUUAAAGCAGAUGGAUGGGAAGGAAAUGAAUGAGUGGAACCCUAGCAUAUGGACAGUAUUCCACACCACUCAGGUAUGGGGAACCAGUUAAUGACAGGAAGUUGAAUCCAGUUGGUCAAAUGGGGGUAAAUGUUUUUAUCGGCGCUCACAAAAAAUGCAAUGCUGUGGGGUUUUUUGUUC